AAAUUAAACCGGAGAAUUUAAUUUGAAAGAAGAUAAAACUUACCGGUACAGAGAGAAGUCAUUUUGAGAAAAAUCAGCAACUCUGGAGAGAGCGUGUUCGUCAUUGAAAUCGAAGCUUGGAGAUUCAAUAUUUCUUCGAUCUCGUGUUCUUCGUCUCGUUUCGUCGGUCCAGUGUUAAUAAAAAAUGAGUUCAACUGUUUCAAAUCCCCAAGGAAUCCUGCAACCAGGCUCAUUUCUGCUUCCAGAAUCAGAAUCUAUGAAAAAAGAGGAAGCAGAGUUAGUUUCUGUGUGUUGGAAUCAGGAUUCAAGUUGUUUUGCAGCUGGAACGAGUCAUGGUUUUCGUAUAUAUAACUGUGAACCUUUCAAAGAAACUUUCAGGCGUGAGCUAAAGGACGGUGGUUUUAAAAUCGUAGAGAUGCUUUUCCGUAGCAAUAUACUGGCACUUGUUGGUGGUGGACCUAACUCUCAGUAUCCUUCAAGCAAAGUACUAAUUUGGGAUGAUCAUCAGAGCCGUUGCAUUAGUGAAUUUGCAUUUAGGUCUGAGAUUCGUGCAGUGAAAUUAAGAAGGGAUCGGAUUGUUGUUGUUCUUGAACAUAAGAUUUAUGUUUAUAACUUUAUGGAUCUUAGACUUCUUCAUCAGAUUGAAACUCAAGCUAAUCCUAGAGGAUUGUGUUGCCUUUCUCAUCAUUCUAAUACGUCUGUGUUGGCUUGCCCUGGUCUCAAUCGAGGAGAGAUUCGUGUUGAACAUUUCGGGCUUAACAUGGUACAAAUCAUAAAUGCUCAUGAUUCAAGUAUUGCGUGUAUGACCUUGACAUUGGAUGGUUUGUUGCUUGCAACUGCUAGUACAAAGGGAACUCUGAUUAGAAUCUUCAACACAAUGGAUGGAACUCGUUUGCAAGAGGUACGAAGAGGAGUCGACAGAGCAGAUAUAUAUAGCAUUGCACUUUCACCAAAUGUGCAGUGGCUGGCGGUAUCAAGUGACAAGGGGACUGUUCACAUUUUCUCUCUUAGAGUUAGGGUUGUUGGGGAGGAUUCUUAUUCCACUGAAAAUGGAGCUCUGUUGACACAACAAAAUUAUUCUAAUUCUCUGCAAGGCCUUGUUUCUCCAACCAUUGGUACCAAUCCCGGUUCGUCAUUGUCGUUUAUGAGAGGUGUUCUACCAAAGUAUUUCAGCUCGGAAUGGUCAUAUGCACAGUUUCAUGUAUCAGAAGUCACACAAUUCUUCGCAGCAUUUGGCAGUAACAACACGGUUGCUAUUAUCGGCAUGGAUGGAAGUUUCUACCGAUGCAGCUUUGAUCCCGUGAACGGAGGAGAGAUGGGGCAACUGGAAUAUAUCCACUUUAUGAAGAUGGACAACCGCCCGUGAUAAGUCAGACUCAUGCUUCACUCACUCCUCUAAGCCUCUGUACAUAACCAUGUCUAUGUAAAUAGAUUUGGUGAGACUGCAUAAGAUUUGAUUAUUGCAUAUUGCUACUUCGAGUGAAAGGGCCUGCAUUACUGAUUGAGACUAUGUGUACAUAGCUACGUAGCAAGAUUCAUCCACAACAGUUUGCUUCGAACACUGUAUUAUGUAAAUUUUCAGAUAACACUAUAGAAAAGUAAUAACAAUAGAAAAAACAGUUCAAUCG